CAAUUCCCCCAUUGACGCGCUUCAUUUCGCUCUGGGGUGGGAAAAAGCGCCUAGAUUGAUGGAGCUUAGUCUUCUCUCUAGGUGAAAACUGGUGUUUUUUUACCCCAUGCAUUCAUAGUCAAUUUCCUCCUACUGUCCUGAUCUUCGGAGAGGGAUAUGGACAAUGUAUUAUUUUUUGGUUUGUUGGUUUGUGUCAUUUUGGUUGUAUCUUGGAGGGAGGCGUUGUGGGGUGAUACAUAUACCAUCUUUUCAUUUUCAUCUUUUGCACAGCAUAGCGAGUGGGGUGUUUCUAGUAGCCCCAUCAGACAAUUUCAUUAUCUCUCAUUCAAAGUCCCUACUCGCACAACCUAUUCCUCUACUAUGCAUAAGAAGGAAAUUCUCUAGAGAUUGUAUAUACGGACGCCCCCUUUGGUACGUCUGUUCCCGAGGCCCUUUCCCUCCCGUUCCUCUACACCAACCCUUUCCCCUCCUUUCCCCUCCUCCCCCCAACCCCUAUCCAGCCUCUAUCCUCGCCUUUCAACCCGCGGCUUGCCCGGUUGGCUGCGAGUGAGAUGUUGUGUGGCGUUGGGGCGCAGGUCAAGGAUGCAAGGAUGCGGA